AUGCCUGCCGACAAAGGCCCUCAGAUAACUGCUGUGUCAUGGAGCUUUGGGGGCGUGGCAAUCAUAGUCGUCACCAUUCGACUGUAUACCCGGCUGAUACUGACUCGCAAAGCAGGCUGGGACGACUUCUUCAUUGUUCUUUCCCUGGUAAGCUACCCCUGCAAGAGCCUCCUGUAUAAUACAUCGGCUAACCCAGACGGUGCAUGGAUGCAGUUGAGCGCUAUUGUAUGUUCAGGGCUAGCCCAAACCGGCGUGCAUUAUGGGUUGGGGAAACACAUGGCCGACAUCUCCAAUGCCGAAUGGAAAAUCGAGGCUUUUAAGUACACCGUCAUCGCACCAAACUUCUCCAUGGUCAGCACCACAACAGGAAAGCUAUCCGUGGCCGUCUUCCUUCUACGCCUGAUGGGUCAGACGGCUUCUCCGGCAAAACGAUGGUUCCUCUACAUCUUCAGUAUAAUAUCUGUCGCCUGGAAUGUGCUGGCCAUUGUUGCCAUCAUGGGGUAUUGCCGGCCUGCGGAGAAGAUCUGGCGGCCUGAGGUUCCUGGAUCCUGCUUCAGCUUGAAAUUCCAGCUGAUCGCUGGUAUAUCGCAAGCCUCAUUCAACGCAUUCGCCGACCUUACCUUAGCCUUGUUUCCAAUUAUCAUCUUCUGGUCCGUCCAGCUGCCCUGGAAAAUGAAGCUAGGUGUUAUAGCCGUUAUGGGCGCGGGAAUCUUGGCGGCGGCAGCAACCUUGGUUAAGGCCAUUCUGCUAAAAAGUCUUCCGGCCCAUUCAGACAUAACUUGUGAGCACCAAAUUCGCGGGCGGGCCCAGACACAUAAGAAAAAGCUUAACAUAGAACUCCAGGGUCUUGGGCCGAUAUUACAACAUGGUACUCCUAACACCAUCCUCUCCGCACCACUAGAAUCGAGUGGCGCCCAUCCGGUUCAUCGACAGAUGUAUGUGAUCAUCAUCUGCGCCACUCUCCCUACCCUCCGACAAUCAUACAACUUUGCCUUGCAUCGAACACGCUAUCUGGGUUCAUACUACAAAGGCUCCCACUCCGAAGCAGCAGCAGCAGCAGCAGCACGACAGAAGCCUAUUCCUCUCCUUCGGCGCCAACCCGAUCAGUCGCUUUUCGAGACAUUCGCUGACGAAACCGGUCUGGUGAAUGUAGCCUCUCACGAAGAUAGCCACGUCUCGCCUGAAAGGGGUUCAAAUCAUACGUCCAUCACAAAGACUACGGAGAUUGAGGUCCACGAGGAGAGCAAGUCCAAAGGGGAUAUCGAGAAUCCUCACUUCCCGCGAGCGAACCCCUUUAGGACAGAUCAUCAGUAG